ACGGCCGGGGAGAAGCGGCCGAGGGGGCCGAGCGCGCCGGCGGCCAUGGCGCGGAUCACAGAAGAACUGGUUAGGCAACGGGCAGAGCAUAACAACUGUGAAAUCUUCUCUUUGGAAGAAAUUUCCUUACACCAACAGAAUAUCGAGAAAAUUGAACAUCUUGACAAAUGGUGCCGGGAUUUAAAAAUUCUCUAUCUCCAAAACAACUUGAUCUCCAAAAUUGAAAACGUUAGCAGACUGAAGAAGCUUGAAUAUUUAAAUCUGGCUUUAAACAACAUUGAAAAAAUUGAAAAUUUGGAAGGUUGUGAAGAGCUGCAAAAGCUGGACCUGACAGCAAAUUUCGUUGGAAAAUUGUCUAGUGUCAGAACACUGAAAAGUAAUAUACAUCUUGAAGAGCUUUUCCUUGUAGGAAAUCCAUGCACUGAUUUUGAAGGCUAUAGGCAGUUUGUGGUUGCUACUCUACAACAACUCAGAUUUUUGGAUUGCAACGAGAUAACACGGUCAGAAAGGAUUCAGUCUUUACAAAACUAUCCUGAACUAGAAAGAAAAAUCCACAAGCAGGAGCAAAUCUAUCUUCUGAAAAGAGAAGAAGAAAAAAAAGAGGCACAAAGACAGAUUCAAGAAAAGCAGAAGAAAAGGGAGGAGAAGAAGAAAGGACAUAAUCUGGGAUUUGAUAAACAAUCAUACACAGACAUUAAGACACCCAUCUACUAUUCUGCAGAAGGAGCAGAGAACCACCAAAAUUGUGAAGAAAGGAAUGAGUUUCGUGAAUUAAUAAUUGAGGACGAUGAUGAAGACAGAGCCUUUUGGGAAGAACCUGUGCCUCAUACUCCAGAGGCUAGGUUAGAAAUUCACCAAUAUAUUGAAGAGAAAAGGAAAGAAAGAGAAAAUAGAGAACGAAGAAACAAAGAGAAGCCUCUGCGCACUUUGAUCACCCCAGAAGGAAGAGUUUUAAAUGUAAAUGAAGCCAAGCUUCCUUUCUCCUUGGAAGAUGACAAUGAAAACAACCAGUUCAUCCUGGAUCUCGCUGUUUACAGACAUCUGGACAUCUCCUUCCUCAAUGUUGAUGUACAGCCUACUUAUGUCCGGGUAAUGAUCAAAGGAAAGGUAUUUCAACUUGUGCUUCCUGAAGAAGUGAAGCCAGAUAGCAGCAUUGCUAGAAGAUCUCAGACUACUGGACAUUUGGUUAUCAACAUACCAAAGGCUAAAGAUGUUGUAGUGACUAGCCAAAAAACAUCCACUUCUGAGAAAACAUUUGAUCCCAGGAAACUGCAACAAAAUAUAAGAAGACAUGAAGAUCUGGAGAAGUUGGAAGUGGAUCCUACCAAGUAUUCCUUCCCUGAUGUGACAAAUAUUGUCCAUAAAAAGGAUUGGAUUGGACAAGGACCUUUAAGGCUUCAACAGCCCAAAGUCGUGGACACCAAGAACGUGGCUGUGAGCUUUGAAGAUAACCCAGAAGUUCCACCUUUAAUUUAA